AUGUAUCUAUUUUCUAUUGCUUAUAAUUUUGCACUUAAUCAUGGUAAUUCUUUAUUUGGAUAUGAAAAUUUUAAAGAGUUUGUAACUUUGAUGAAUUUAUUAACUUGUAUUAAAUCAACUUAUUUUUAUAUUAAUUUAAUUGAUUUAAAUAGACAAAGUAAUUAUGGGGUGUUUUAUAAAUAUCAUACUAAAAUUAUAAUAAUGUUAAAACAGACCUUUCUUAAGUGUAAGUUUCCGGAUAACAAAUUUAUUGUUGAUGAAUUUAACCAGUUAAUCCCAAAUUUUACUUUUUUAAUGAAUAACUUAAGAAAAAUUGAAAAUAUGGCUAGAAAUUUAUAUUUGCCCUCUGAAACAAUAAAAACUGAUCUUCUUUUGAAAAAUUAUAAAGAUAUAUUGAAUGUGUUUAUUUAUUUAUUUCAUUUGAAAUUUUUUGUUAUUGAAAAGAAAUUUAAAAAUAUUGAAAAAAUUUAUUCAAUUUUACUUGAAAUAAAAGUACUAGUGGAUGAUGUUGCUCUUAAGUCAAAUAAAUUUUUAUAA